AUGCCAGUUGAAGGGUACUCUUCCCUCACAGCUCAUUCCACGUUUGCUAUUGAUUAUGCGCACAACGUCGUCGGCUCGAGUCAACCGAUGGGGCAGAGUAGCCUGGAAAUUGGCAAACUGCUGGACACGCUACGCCACGUUGGAAAUGCAUGCAACAAGCAACGUCUUUCAUCGAAGCCUUUGUUCCCAUUGAUACAUGCGAUAGCCUCCUCAAACUAUGAGCAAUAUGAGAUGCCCCCAUUGAAAGCCGCUGUCCAAAUAUUGCGAGAAGCCGAAGAGAAAAGGAACUUUGUAUUCCGUGUGGUAUCACAUUUGCUCGGCCCGCGGAGUCUGUCGGACCUAUGUUUGAAAGUUUACUUUUCUCCUGAUUACUCCGAUGCAGAGUUCAUCAUUGUCAACGCAACUUUGAAUUGUUUGGCAUCUGACAGAGUCAUCGGGGAGAAUGACACCGAGGCCUACGAGGAGCACAAUAGACUGGUCUUGAUGUGUAAAACCAACCUCGAAACAGCGCUUUCGAAACUUACUCUGUAUAUCAAACCUAGCUACGACAUGGUUCUGGCUCUGAUUCUGGGAAUUUUCUAUGCCAUUGACGUAUCCAAUACGUCCCUAGCCUGGGUCUUGGUGGGGGCGGCGUACCAAUGCUCACAUUCCCUUGGAUUACACGCUCGCUCUGAUUGUUCAGAUGAGUUUUCAUACGAGCCAGAGCGGAAGCGAUUGCUCUUGUGGGGGAUCUACUUUUUUGAGAAGACUUUAUCUGUCCGGUUAGGGCGUUCUUCUACUAUAGCGAACUGCGAUAUCACGGUUCUUUCGCUGGAAGGUCUGAAAAUGUCAGAUUCCCACGGCAUUUGCUAUGCUCACCAGACAGUGAAGCUGGCUGGUUUGGCUGGGAGGAUUUACGAGCAACUUUACUCGGCACAUGCGCUCCAUAUUGCCGAAGAUACGCGGAUCCAUAGAGCACUAGAACUAUCGCAGGAGCUUCAUGAAUACUGUGCAGAGGCGCGUGAUACGAAUCAACUCUGGGUCCAAUCGACCAGUGAUAUUUACGAACAAGAGCAGAUUCACUUCAUCUCUGCAUCUGACGAAGUUCUGCGCCUUUCAAUGUUAACUCUCAUCUACCGAGCUAUGCCCCCAGAGCCCAAUUCUGGAACAAGCUCCAGUCUGGAGUGCAUUACCUCUGCCAGAUGUGCCCUUGAAUCCCAUCAGGCAUUUAUUCGGGAUGUUGGAAUGCGAGGCACCUCCUUACAUCUAUCUGCCUAUAUCAACUGGACAAUUUUAUUUUCCCCUUUUGUUCCUUUCAUUGUGCUGUUCUGUCAUACUAUUCAGACACGGGAUAAGGAAGAUUUGAGUCGAAUGCGCACGUUCCUUGAAUCUAUCAAGGGUGCCUGCCAGCAUUCCGAUGCAAUUGCUAAGCUCCAUCAUCUCUUUGGAGUAUUUUAUAGCAUAGCGCUGCGCUACACCGAGCUCGGAUUAUCAUCCUCUCCGAUGGAAGAGGAGCAAUUAAAACUCCGAAGUGAGGUGGACACGCAUUUGAGUGCUCUUGGGCUAAGGCCAGAUGUGGCUGGCCACUAUACAGAGAGAGUUGACGGUUUGAUGUCAUGCCCGAGCGUGGGAACCAUUGAGGAAAACCAAGCUUCCGAAGGAAACAACUGGGCGCCAGAUCCAUCGCUUGGACGCUGGUUUUCUUUCAAUCAGCAGAUGAUGGAUUUAUUUGAUGGCAACGACUUGCCAUUUUGA